AUGGCAAGCACCGUCUCCGCAGAGGAGUCCCUGGAGCUCUGCUACGAGAAUGUGAACGGAUCCUGCAUCAAAAGCGCCUAUUCACCCUGGCCUCGAGCCAUCCUCUAUGCGGUCCUCGGCUUGGGAGCCCUGCUGGCAGUGUUUGGAAACUUACUGGUCAUUAUUGCUAUCCUCCACUUUAGGCAGUUACACACACCUACGAACUUUCUGGUGGCGUCCCUGGCCUGUGCGGACUUCUUGGUGGGGGUGACAGUGAUGCCCUUCAGCACGGUGCGGUCCGUGGAGAGCUGCUGGUACUUUGGGGAGAGCUACUGUAAGUUCCACACGUGUUUCGACACCUCCUUCUGCUUUGCCUCUCUCUUUCACUUGUGCUGCAUCUCCGUCGACAGGUACAUUGCAGUUACGGACCCGCUGACCUACCCAACCAAGUUCACCAUAUCGGUGUCAGGAGUAUGCAUCGCUCUCUCUUGGCUCUUCUCUGUCACAUACAGUUUUUCUGUCUUUUACACGGGAGCCAAUGAAGAAGGGAUCGAGGAAUUAGUGGCUGCUCUGACCUGUGUGGGAGGCUGCCAGGCUCCCCUGAAUCAAAAUUGGGUUUGUUUCCUUUUACUCUUUCUGCCCACGGUUGUGUGGGUCGUGUCCUGA